CUUGCCUUGUGUAGGGGGCUCUUUAUUUUAGUCGUAAUUUAAUAAUAAUAAGAUUAAUUUCAUUAGAAGAUGUGUUUAAAUACGAAUAACAAUAUAAAUUACAGUAUUUAUCAGUGAGUUUAUUUUUCGAUUGUGUGUUGGGUGAGAAAACAGUGACAAUGUUCUAUCACAAAUAUUUAACUCGUGAACAUCUAGAAGGCUUCGACAAUUAUAAGUACAUGGCAAUAGACACCAGCCCUCUCAGUGUCUAUGUUAUGCACCCGUUUUGGAACAAAGUUGUUGAGUUCGUCCCACGCUGGGUGGCGCCAAACGUCCUAACCUUCGCCGGGUUCCUCCUCACCGUUCUGGACUUCAUCCUGCUAUCGUACUAUGACUAUAACUACCUGGCGGCGAGCUCGCUCAACGCCACGGAGACCGUCUCCUUGAACCAGAGUCCACUCAACGGUCACACAGAGGUCAUACCACGCUCGCUGUGGGCGGUCCUGGCCGUGUUCUUGUUCCUCGCUUACACUCUGGAUGGCAUAGAUGGGAAGCAGGCGCGCCGGACCCAGACGUCGGGGCCACUGGGCGAGCUGUUCGACCACGGCCUGGACUCGUAUUCUGUGUUCUUCAUCCCAGCCUGUCUGUACUCCAUCUUCGGAAGACUCGACUUCUCCAUACCGCCUAUAAGGAUGUAUUAUGUGAUGUGGAACAUUCUACUCAACUUCUAUCUAAGUCAUUGGGAGAAGUAUAACACAGGAGUGUUAUUUCUACCCUGGGGCUACGAUUUUAGUAUGUGGGCAUCGACAUUCUUCUUCUUGUGGACGGGGAUCUCUGGCACUGGGUUCUACAAAAGAUACCUAUUUGGCGGUUACACCAUUGCCAACGCGUUCGAGUGGCUCAUUUACGCCACUGGGGUCUUUACCAACCUGCCAGUCGCCAUUUACAACACGCAGAAGUCAUACAGACUGCGCACUGGUAAAAUGCGGAGCCCUAUGGAGGCGCUGCGGCCGCUGUGGGCGCUGCUGAGCGUGUUCAUAGUGUGCACCGUGUGGGUGCAUCGGUCACCCAGCCUACCCGACUACGACCCGCGCGUGCUGUUCCUGCUGAUUGGGACUGUGUUCAGUAAUGUUGCUUGCCGGCUGAUAGUGAGCCAGAUGUCGUCGCAGCGCUGCGCGGCCGCCAACUGGCUGGUGUGGCCGCUGCUGCUGGCGGCCGCCUUGGCGCUGGCCGCCCCGCAGCACGAGCCCGCCGCGCUCUACGGCGCCACGCUGCUGUGCGUGCUGGCGCACCUGCACUACGGCGCUUGUGUCGUUCGACAAAUGUGCGACCACUUCCGAAUAAGCUGCUUCCACAUAAAGCAGCGUGCAGAUUGACUCUUAGACGACAGCGCGUGCUAGACACAACAUAACAGACAAACAAACAACAUAAUGUACAGGUAAACUUGUAGCGAACAGGGGGCGGCGACGGGGGCUACGUGCUUUCCGAAGCACGGAGGAGCCAGGAAUAUUUCAUUGGAAACAUUUGUACAGUGAGUUAAUUUUACAAUUGGUGUAACUUGAAAAAACUUGUUUUUUCAUUGCGUCGGAGAAAGCUUUAUUUACUUUAGGCUGACAGCUCUGGGGGGUUAAAAAGCUAGUUACUAGGGAUCGACGAUCCAACGGUGUUAUGUUGGAAGUAGUAUUAUGCGUCUUGCUGUGUAAACUUCGAUACCGCGUUUCACGACUGCUUGAAGACUGCAUUAUUGAAUGUGGCGCCAUCUGUUGCAUGUGAGCGGAACUAGGUGGCCAACUAGUUGGGUCCGCCACACUAGUAUUUGAACUGUCAAAUUAAAGUAAAAUAAAGUUUGUGUCUGUCAGCUGUGGCAAACACACGAACCGACACAGUCGCAUCAUAAGGGUUCCAAUUUUUGCAAUUUGGGUUGGGAACCGUAACAGAAAAAAAAUCUUUUUUUUAUGGACUUGAAUGGGCCCAAAAUGAGGUCCUUUAAUUGACUACUAUGCUUAUGUCGAUCAUGUCUGAAUUAACUUUUUUUAAAGUUCGAAUUUGUCAUCAUAAUUCGAAAUGAUAUUUUAAAUUCCUGAGCCGUCUCCUGUUUGAAAAAGGCCUACAGUAGAAACAAAUCUGUUCCAUGUAGAUAUCAUUAAAAAAAAACACAAUGCAAAUAGUUUUUUAUCACUAUAGAGGAUCUUCCUCACGGUGCGAUUCGAUAUCGCAUUGCACUGCGAUCAGCGCCAUGAGGAGGGUCUCUAAGUUAGUAGACGUAGUUGAGUUUUACUCGCCGCAAUCGAUAUAUUUAAUUGAAGACGACAUGAUAAUUACAGAGACAGGGUGUGAUGGACAGACUGGUAUGUUUUUUAUUUCAAUGGGGUGUUUUCCCGGGUCAAAACAAGUCUUCAUUUUCUUGCUGUGUUAUACAGGAUGUUAGUGACAUCGUAACGAAUACUGAGGGGGUUAUUCAGACCAUGAUUCUGAGUAAAUAUCAAGUGGAAUUUCCUGUCGGAAAAUACUUGUUUUUUUUUAAUUAUUUUCAGUUCAAUACUUUUGCGACGGUAAAUUCCUCGUGAUAACUAUUCAGAAUAAUCGUCUGAGUCAGCCUUCAAAGAUUUUCAAGUUUUGACUGAAUGUUUUGACUGGCUGAAAACAUCCCCAUAAUAAAUAAGAAAUGUAUUAUGUAAUGCAAAAUAAGCAAAAAUAUUGUUUUGUAAGAAAGAUUUACAUUUUUUAUGUAAUGAGGAUAGAAACUAGAAGUUCAAAUGUAGGAGGCGCCACUGUUGAGUGUUCCUACAUCUUGACAGUUCUCCAUACUGUCCAGCUUUAGCUGGAAAAUUCGUGACAAAAUCCAAUUUCAAAAAUAUCUUUAUUCAGUAGGUAACAUAGUUACACUUUGAAUCGUCAAUUUUUACAUAACGUACGUCUCAUCCGCCUAAAACUACUGCAGCUCACAACCUGUAUAGCCGGGGACAAGAAGCUGCAAGAAAAACCUCGGCACAGGGCACAUUUUAUAGAUAAAUUGAUAUAAAAUGUGGAGCAACGUGGAGUGUAUCCCGUCUGAAUGAUGAGUUACGAAAAAGAAAAGCUAUCAGUUGGAAAAAGGAAUUUUAGAUUGAAAAUAAGUUUUUCUAUGUUUUCUUCUUUCCGAUCUUUAGGAAGUAAAUACGGCCUCUAUGGUCCAGUGGUUGAGCGUUGAGCUCAGGAUCCGGAGGUCCCGGGUUCGAAUCCCGAUGGGGACAUAUCACAAAAAUCAUCUUUAUGAUCCCCAGUUUGGUUAGGACAUUACAGGCUGAUCACUGAUUGAAAGUAAGAUGAUCCGUGCUUCGGAAGGCACGUUAAGUCGGUGGUCCCGGUUAUUACUUACUGAUGUAAGUGACAACUACAUGAGCCAUGUCAGGGGCCUUUGGCGGGUCAAUAAUAACCCUGACACCAGGGUUGAUGAGGUUGGUAAUUUACCUCACAACCUACACGAUAGAAGAAAGAAUAAAUGCAACACUAUGUUUUUGCAGGUAAACGCGUAAAGGGUGAUAGUGUAAAAAUAUUACUAAAACAAUGGUGCUAAUUCCUGUAAAUACCAUCUAAUUUUAUUUUAAGUUAUAUCUGUCAUUUUCUUAUCCGCCGAAAAGGAAAGGGACGGGUAAUCGACAAGCAUAAAAUUUAUGGAACACACGUCAAUUUUAAGCACAAAUCUAAACCAACCGUCUAAAAAUUUUACAUCCGUCAAUAACCCGACACAGUUAAGUAGACAGCACGUCAAACGGAUUGCAUACCAGCGACGUACCUUUUGAUUCGCCCGGGUUAUUCAUUCAUUAAAUCAUUCUUCCUAAAAUUAAGAGCUGUGAAUCAUCCGUCCCUUUCCUUUUCGACGGAUAUGAAAAUGACGGAUAUAACUUAAAAUAAAAUUAGGCGGUGUCUGCAGGAAUCGGGGCCACUAUGUUUGUUUAAAAUAGUAUGGGGAACUGUCAAAGUUUAAGAACAUUCAACAGUAGCGACACCUGAUGGGAGAAAUAGGCAGUUUUUGUCCCCAUUUGUACGGUCACGAGCAUUAAUAUGUAUACACUCUGGUACCAUGUCACAUUAACUUUUUUGACAAAUUGAACUGUAAGUCUCACUAAAUGUCAAAUAUGUUAGUGCGACAGAGUCCUAAAGUGGUUAUAUUGCUCGUGACUGUGCUCAGUGUUUCUCAAUAAUUUUCUCAGAAUACUCAAAAAUGAGGCCUUACCUUAUUUAAAAGUACAUUUAUGUUGUUUUUAAAGUUAUGUUUAUUAUUUAUAUCUACUGAGUUAUUGUUUCAUACCUAAAACCUUCGAUCGUAUAUAUUGUUCAAUGUACAGCUCCGCGCAAAAGUCAAAAUAUGCGAAAAUUCUGACGCGUACCACUUCUUUAUUUUUUUGACGUGACUUAUUGUAGAUUUGCCGGAAAUGGCAUUAACUACUUGGCUGUACAAAUGGAGAGCGCUGAGGGCUCUCACCCGGUACAAAAUUUUAAGACAACAGUUCAGGGCGGCACCAGUUUAUUUACCAAUAUUAUGAUCGAAGUCUGAAACGUUCAAGAAUCAAUCUGCAAUUGCGUGGUAAACAAGCUCAGCCAAGUUCAAGUAACAACUUUCUUUCUUUCUUUUGACCCCCUCAUAAUUCAUAAACUAUUUCACAUACGUUACACUUUAUUCUAUGACUAGAUUUUACUUUUCUGCUUUCAAAUUAUUUUAAUUUGUUUUUUAAGCAUUAUUGAUCAGAGUAAUUGGCACAUUGAUUUUUGGAAAGUUUAUAGGUGAUUAAAUAAUAAGCCUGUAGGUAUAUUAAAAGAUGGUACACAGUAUUUUAAUCGUCUAGAAUUUAGACGGAAAAAGAUAUAUUUUGCCAUAAUUUGAGAUUAUUAAGUGGAUUAUGCAUUGCAUACAGGAUAUAAUGCUGAAUUUGAUUUAUAAUAAAAAUAUCACCUUAUUUUAUAUCUGAAAAGGAAUUGGGGUUUUUUCUAUUACCAUUUGUGCUUCUAUUUUGUUUAUGACUCCCGAAUACGAAUGAUAAUUUCCAUGUUCAUAAAUUAUUCGAUUUAUCGUGUAUCAAAAUUUGAAUUCAGAACCAAAUACAUUAUUGUAGUUUUUCUACGAAACAAAACAACAAUAAAGUACUUUGUUCUGAAUUCAAAUUCUAAUACACGAUUCAGAAAUCAAAUUCUGAAUUCAAAUUCGGACACAAAAAUGGAAAUUAGCAUUCGUUAGUAUUUACAAAUCAUAUAUCCGAAUGGAAAUGCGGUGUUUUUUGAGGGACAUUAAGAAAAUAGAAGCACUGUAAAGAUAUAGGUAUCCUUCCUUUCGGGCGAUUAAGAAAAUUAAAAAUAUAACUUAAACUAAAAUUAAGUAUGUGCUCGAAUCAGUACCUAUAUUGUCAGUUAUUUUGGGACCAGGCGAUUCCUAUUUCCUUUCAGACAGUUUAAACUUAUAGUUGUGAUUUUAGGCCAGUUUAUAUCUUUGGAGUUGUGUACAAUUCUUUUUAUUUUAAACGCAUUAUGGCACGCGUUGUCCGUUUGUGUAUUAAAACAAUUUUAAAUUUAUUUUAAAACUUAAUUUUUAGUUAUUACGUACUAAUUUGUGUUGGUACAUUAAUUUAAGUGUAUUAUUAUUGUAAAUUGAACGAUAUUUUUUAAUUUUAAGUUUAAACUGACUAUAGCUUGAGCAUAAUAAAAUUUAUUAAUUAUAAUUUUAAUAUAAGAGGAAUUGAAAGUUGCUUACAGAAUGAGCACUUUUAGACCAAAAAAAUAAAUGUAAAGAGGUUUUAAUAGUUUGCGUUUGGGCGUACAGUCACGAGUACUAAUAUGCACUUUGAAACCAUGUCACAUUAACUUUUUUGCAAAUGAAACCGUAAGUCUCAUUAAAUGUCAAAUAUGAUAGUGCGACAAAGUUCUAAAGUGUGUACAUGAUAAUGCUCAUGACUGUACGAUAAAAUUCGCGUGGGUCCAUCGCGGGUAAGAUCAACUUAUGCUGGAAUAUAUACAAACUCGUUCGUCGUCUAGUGUAAGUUGACCGCAGGCGUCGAAACGCGCCCGGUCGACCACUUUACACUGGGUGUUGAACAAGUGGUUGGUCUAAGCCGCAGUUCAACGUUCGCCCUUUUACUAUUUUUAACUUAAAAAGGAGGUUGUUAAUUUGACGCGUAUGUAUUUUUUAUCUCUGUCUUUCUAAAGCUUGAUGCACAGAAAGCACGACGUUAAAUUAUUCUGUAAAAGCGGAAAUACACAUGCCUGUGGCGUGCAUGCCAGUUUUUUUUUUAAUUAAUUACACAUACAUUGGUUUACAAACAGCUCCUUGCGCGUGCCAGCUACUUGCAUGCGUUUAAGUUUACUGGCAUGCAAGUAGAUUGCACUACAUUUGAUUUUCGAACUUACUGUUUACAAGUUCAGCUGGCGAAUCCGCAAUGUGAUGGUUAUUUGUACGUGCCGGUAACUGGCAUGCAAGCUACUGUUGUCUUUUUACUGGCACGCGUAUUCAUAGGAUUUAUGUUUUAGUGUACAAACUACCGCCCCCGGCCCGCGACGCGGUAUGGUUGUGUGUGGAUAACUUCUAAGUAAUACCACACCUCGGACAUUAUACAAAUAUCUCAUUUCGUGUGCCGAUUUACGCGUAAGUCCGAGUGAGACAAAGUCCGCCCCCUCGUAUAGUCAUGAACAAUAUCAUGUUCACACUUUAGAACCCUGUCGCACUAUUAUAUUUGACAUUUAAUGAGACUUACGGUUUAAUUUGUCAAAAAAGUUAAUGUGACGUGGUUUCAAAUUGUAUAUAGGUACAUAUUAGUACUCGUGACCGUACUCCUCAGCCGCCUACGGCCAUUUGAAGACUAAAAUAACACCCAGAGGGGGUGAGGUCGGCGCGCGAUACGAAUGGGGGGGGGGGAAUGAGAUUUACCGUUCCACUCUUUAAUCUAUGGUAAUACUCCGAGACGCAUUUAUUGUGGUCUAUGGUAAUACUCCGAGACGCAUUCAUUGUGGUCAAAGCUAAUUUACAGUAUAUGUAACAGUAAAAGGAUUUAAAUGUCAUGUGUAAAAGUAUUUUCUUUAGGUAUAGCCUUUCUCAUAUAAAGUAUAAUUUCUAAUGGGUUUCAUAGUAUUAUUGUCAAUCUAGACAGUAUUAACAAUUAUUUGUUAUAUGCUAUAACAAAACCUGCCGGGUCUGCAUGGCUACCGCGCCUAAAUUAUAUCGAGCGCUUGGACCAAUAAACGAUACGAAUGCUAUCUACGUAGAUGGACGUCAAACGGCUAUUGGUCGAAGUGCUUAAUAUAAUUCGAGCCGCGUGCGGUUAAGGUUGAGGCGUCUUCUAAGAAUGACGAUUUUGAGCUGCGUUCGAUGAAGGCCUUGAGGUCACCUCAACUGAGGAAGAGUCGAUUGAACAUCUUAGAAUACGCAUUAUCUUAUUUAUAUUUAUCACUAUUUAUUUAUUUUUAUUGUAAGCGUACGAAAUGUAUUAUUUUCAAAAGUAUUCCCGAAUCUCGGAAUAAUAUUCUGUCUAAGUAAUGAUAAUGAAGACGAAAUUGUUUGUUUGUAACAAGUUGCUGAAGUCGUAAUGCUACUUUUGUCCGCUAGGGUUGUUUUCUAAGGCACAUUGGCGCCACUUUGUUAGAUAUAUAUUGACUUUGACAGCUGUCAUAAUGUCAUAUAUAGCCAAAAACCAUAAGCGCCAUUUUGAAAAGACACAUUCGGAUGUGACUUUUGUUAACAAAACGUCGCAAUAGACAAGUUAGUUUUAAUCCAGGUAACAAAAUGUCGCCUAAUUUUUUACCCGGAAAUUAAUAGGCUAUUUUCCAACUAGUCAAAUCAGUUACUUUUUACUAAACGUCAAAACACAAAAUUACUAUGGAAUUUGUAGGAAAAAGCACAUUGUGACGAAAAACAUUUUUUUUAUUAAAAUUCAUAAAUAAGUUAAAUAGAAAAAAGAAAAUGUUUUUCGUCAGUUUUAGAUCUGUAAUAAUCUUUAAUAAUCAUAAUUUAUCUUGAACCUAGUACACGACCCAUUUGAAUGUGAUCGAGGUUUCGUUGAAGAUAAUCUCAUUAGAAUGUGAUCUUUUCAAAAGGCGCCUACGUGGUUUUCAAUAUAUGGCAACAAUAAACAUCCUCCUGGAUAUGUAUCUUUCUCUCUUUCUCGCUAGCAUACAAUGGUGCUAAUUCCUGCAGACGCCAUCCAAUUUUAUUUUAAGUAUACCUGUCAUUUUCUCAUCCGUUGAAAAAGAAAGGGACGGGUAAUCGACAGGCAUAAAAUUCAUGGAAUACACGUCAAUUUUAAGCAGAAAUCUAAAACAACCGUCUAAAAAUUUUACAUCGGUCAAUAACCCGACAGAAUUAAGAGACAGCAUGUCAAACGGAUUGCAUACCAGGGAGACGCCUGUCUUAUUCGCACGGGUUGUUCAUUCAUUUUAAAAUUAACUUGUUGACAAUCAUCCGUCCCUUUCCUUUUCGGUGGAUAAGAAAAUGACAGGUAUAACUUAAAAUAAAAUUAGGAGGUGUUUGCAGGAAUCGGGACCAAUCUGUUUCUAUCCUGCUGUCAAAUCCAUCAAGUUGUAUUUAACAGAUUAUAGUUGUCAUUUUUGUAUGUGUGUUGCCUCCUCUUUAUGUAAUAGUUUUAAUACACAUAUUUCUUGUAGUAACCACGAACUGUCUUACCAAUAAAAAUAAAUCGUUGAACGUAUGUUUGAGUAUUUCACAGCCUAAGCAAAAUUGAAUCUAAUUAUUAAAUAGAUGGAACUUUGCUUGCCUGUCAAAUACUUAUGCACGCGUUCACCGCAUGUUUAUUUUUUAUUGGUCAGGCUGCUAAAGUAUAGGACAUAAUCGUAGCCAGUGAAUUGACAACGAGGGACUUUCCAAACUAAGUUCUAAAAAUAUAGAUGGCGCUGUACAGAUUUAACGUGAUAAUAUUGUUUUAUUGUGUCCUUCUACUUGACACUGCAUAAAAGUAUACUGCCAGUAUGUAUCAGUUUGUUUUUUGACUAAUUAUUGUUGCUGUAUUAGUUUCUUUUUAUUAUUGUUUUUUUGGCAUGGCCUUAUUGCAUAGACUUAACGCCAUUGUCAAUAGGUCAUGCCAAAAAAAAAAACCAAUAUGGCAACAAUAUAAUAUAUUUUUUAUAAUUUAUAACACUGACUACAAUUAUUUCUUUUACUGUAAAAUAUUAAUACAAAUGAAGUGCCUCUAUGUAGCGAAGAUUAUUUUUGUCAUAAACAUAUUUGAUUGAAUAUUGGGAACGUAUUUGUUACACAGAACAGAAAAAGAAGAUUUCCUUUUUUGAAUAGAACCGCUAUGAGGCGGGCUGGUGUUGCCAAUUUUGCCACACAAAUGUCAAAAGCAUUCAAACGUCAAAAACUUGGUGAAUAUUCAGUCUUUUUUUUUAAAAAAGAAUGACCUAUGAAAUGAAUUUUCCGUCAGAAAAUUCCACUUGAUAUCAAAUCAGAAUCGUGGUGUGCAGUCUCCAAAGUCUUCGUUACGGUGUCAUUAAAACUGUAUAUUAAAUACCAUCCCAAUAUUGAAUCACUUGUAUACAUGUAUUUGUAUACAUAAUCUCAGUGUUGUGAAUUGAAAUGAAAUAUCAUCAUCUAUUGUAGUACUUAUGUAAUUGAUUGCGAUGUUGCCAGAUAUAUGGGUAGAUAUUAGAACACUGGUAGUGAAUAACGCAAAAAUAUCCUAGAAUCUUUGGUCUUUUAGCAAAUAUCUUUUUUUUAAAUCUUCUUUCUUUCUUUCUUUUUUUUUGGCUCGCGUUUGACCACAAUCUCACCUGAUGGUAAGUGACGAUGUGGUCUAGAGUGGAUCACGCUUACCUAGCAAAUGCCUAUUCAGUCUAGCCUUGAAGACUCUUAGAUUAUAACGAGUUGGAAAAAUACACGGCGGCAGACAGUUCCAGUUUGCUGUUCGCAGCUUCUAUGUGGUUGUAUAAUGUGGGUUUAUAUGUGGUUACUGCAAUUUUUGUCCCCCCCCCCCAGAUCUGCCCAUGGUCAGCACGCAAUCAAUAAUAAGAUAUAAUCGUAUCAAGUUGAUAACGUGAUCUUCCCAAUUGCCUUCACGAUAGGUUAGGUGUUAGCUAGGCUAGACUAGUUCGCUUAGGCUUGUCAUGUCACCAGCUAAUAAAUUAUACUGCGAGA